AUGUCCUGCCCGUUUCUCGCGGCGGCUGCAGCUUCUGGCGAGGCUAACGACGCGAGUCGCCCCGCCGGAGGCUGUCCUUUCGCGAAGCGUUUCGGUCUCCUUGGCUCAUCUCCAAGCGACCCAGCGACGCAGCGAGAUUUGCCUGUUGCAGCAGCGGCAGCAGCAGACGGCACAGGCGAAAAACACAAAUCCGGACCACGAAAUUCUGUUCCAGACGUGGUUGAAGGACGAGCGGACCGCAGCGGUGCUGCGGAUGGGGGGAAGGCGGCCGGGGAAAUCGGGGGGGAGAGCGGGCGGAAGGCUGCCGCGGGGCGGUGUCCGUACGGGUUCGACUCCGCAGCGGAUGGGCGCAUGGCGGCGGCUGUGGGGCCGAUGAGUUGCGUGCUUUGCAAGGCGUUGCUGUUCGACCCCGCCCGCUGCGACCCGUGCAAACACGUGUACUGCAGGGGGUGCAUAGCGCGGUUCACAGACUGUCCGCUGUGCGGGUGCGACGUGAAGGCUCUUCUUCCUGAUGCAACGCUCACACAUGCCGUGGACGCGUUCAUCUCCGCGCACGUGCUGCACCGCCCUGCCCUGCUCCCCCCGUCACUGGCCGCACCACGCUCUGAGCCGCCUCCCAACGCGCUAGAUGCUGCUGCUUCUGCUGCGGAUUUGUCCGGCAAAGAUGCUUCAGCAGCAGCAGAUACAGAAGCCACGGAUUCAGCAGCAGCAGCAGCAGCAGCAGCAGCAGCAGCCACAGCAGCAGCAGAGCGGGAGGCAGAGGCAGCGAGAGUGGAGACAGAGGCACUGGAUCUAGACAAGGCCAGCCCGGGCAGCUUCCUCUUCAUCCACGCCAUGCGGGCCAUGCAGCACGGUAACCUGCCCAGUGCGCGAGCUCGCUUCGCCCUCUCCGCCUUCUCGCUCAAGUCGUUUCUUUCCCCAGGCAAUGCUGCCUCGGUUUCUGCUACUGCUGAUGCUGCUGCUGAUGCUGCUCGUGGUGUCAGCAGCAGCAGCUCCGCUGGAACUGUUUCUUGCUCUGAUCAUCGUAUUCCCCUCCUGCCUUCCCUCUGCCCGGCCAAACGGCCAUGCCCCGCCAGUCUGCUCAUGUCUGACGUGGCAUCGGCGGCCAGCAGCUACCAGGAGGCUGUCGAUGUGCUCUCUGCUGCGCUGCCUGCGCUGGGCAAAGGCGAGACUGAGGCCGAGGGCGAGCGAGCAGUGGAGGAGGGGCAGCAGCAGGGCCUGGAGAUGCAUGGUGGUGGGGACUCUGACAGUGGUGCUGUUGAUGACGAGGUGGGUGCUUGGACAGUGCUGCUGCACCAUGCGCUCUGUGUGACCCUCAACAAGUUGGGAGACCUGCACUACCGCUCCGACCACCUGCCUGAAGCUCUUGCUCUCUACCAGAGGGCUCUUGCGCGCAGGCAGCAUGCACUGGCGCGCACUGAGGCAUGCGCCCAGGCACGCGAGGGGGAGGGUGCAGUGAGGGAGACGGCCAGCAAGGCAUUAGACGUGGCAGUGUCAACAGCCAAGGUGGCGGACGUGCAGCAGGCGCUGGGGGAGGAGGAGAGUGCGAGGGAGGGCUUCUCACGUGCACUGCGCCUCGUGCAGGCCGCCAAAGAGACCCUCAGUGCCGCUGCUGCUGCUGCCGGACAGGGGGACUGCUUGGCCCUGCUGGAUAAGGUCAGGAAUGGCGAGGCGAGAGGUAUGGGGUGUGGGUUGUGGCUGGAUUGUGUUUAA